AUGUCUUCUUUCCACCCCACACGCCGCGAGGUGCUCCUCGUCAUCAUCCUCACCCUUCUCAUGGGUCUCUUCAUGCAGUUUGAUCUCUCCUUACGGUUCACGGACGCGUCCGGAUCAGACUCUCUGCUAGGCUUCAAAGUCGGUUUUGGUAGAGGGGGACGAUCAGAAGAAUGGGACGAAGAUGAUCGACCGACGAAGACUGGCGAUAAAUGGUUGGAACAUGUGGAAUUGGGUGCUAAGCAUGGAGGGUCCAACCAGAUGACUGGGAUGACGGAUGCCAAGGUACGAUGGGCAGAACAGGAGGGUGCACCUCGGACAGAAGUGUUAGCACACGCGCCAGGAUGGACAAUCUUUGACCAGCUUUAUCUGUACAACGGGACAUGGUUCAUCGUCACUGAUAACCCUUCAUCCAUUCCAUUGUUGAGAUUAAUGACUUCUACUGGGAAGGAAGUUUGGAAUGAUGAAGAAUCUAUAUUGGGAAGAGAACCUACGGAGAAAGAUAUGCGAAUCAUCUUCCCAUCCGAGGCGAAGAAAUUAUGGGGUCAAUCGGCUUCGCGGGUCGCAGGCACUACCAUGCUGAUCAACGAUCCUAGUCAAUUCUUAGAUCACUACUACCACUUCGCUGCUGAACUCCUACUUGGGCUUUGGAAGACCUAUGCUUCUCUGGAUACUACCAUCACCCCCAACGGCGUCACUCAUCUCCCCUCACCUUCCCGAAUGAUCUUCCCCCACGUCGCAGCUGGUAAAUGGAAUGACUACGCCAAAAUGAACUCUUUCAUUUCCCGCGCCAUUUUCCCUUCAAUGUCAUACGAAUACGAAACCGACUUCCUUGACAGAGCCGACACUGGUCGUGCUUUCGCCUUUGAACGAGUGGUAUUCGCCGACCGAGCCGCCUCUUUCCGUGGAGCCAACUUUCAAAAGACAUGGCGUACAGCGAGUGAAGCGGUGACAUUGCAAACUUCCAAAUACUGGUGGACGCCCAUAAGGAAAAAUCUAUUGGAGUUUGUUGGCGGAGGUAGAUUGUAUUUCGAAGAAGUGAUGGGCGUCGGAGUGGAAGUUGGUGAUGGUCGAAGUUCAGACGAGAUUGAUUUGAUUGCUUUAGAGGAAGAAGAGGGUAGUGCGGAAGAGGAGAAAGAAGAAAUGUUGGAGGAAAUCAGUAGAAGCAAACAGGCGAAAAGUGGGAAACCGGUGAUCACUUAUGUCAGCAGACAAGAAUGGGGUAGGAGAAUGUUAAAGAAACAAAGUCAUGAAAGUCUGGUGAGGGAGUUACAAGAAUUGGAAAAGAAGUAUGGAUGGGAGGUGAAUAUCGUCUCAAUGGAUCAGUUGUCGAGGGAUGAACAGAUUAGGCUAGCAGCUAGAACAACGGUAAUGCUCGGUGUACAUGGAAAUGGUCUCACCCAUUUAUUAUGGAUGAACGCCCAGAAUCCUAGAUCAACAGUGAUCGAAUUUUUCUAUCCUGGUGGUUUUGCCGAAGACUACGAAUUCACAGCGCGAGCUCUUGGUAUCAAGCAUUAUGGAGUUUGGGACGAUCAAGUGUUUACUGAACCUGAUACUCCUCAGUUGGCUUACCCAGAGGGAUUCCAGGGAAAUGAAAUACCUCUUAAUGGUAAAGUAGUCAGUGAACUUAUCACUCAACGUCUUCUCGUGGAACGUCUCCCUGUUGUCAACUCGGAAGAUGGAGAUAAACGAUCUGAGUCGGAUGAAUCAAUAGGGUAUUCGUAAUCCACUCCCAACACCAUUAUCCCCUCCACCACACAUUUCCUGCAUUAGGGUUGUCACACUAUCCGUCAAUUCCAUCAUCAAACUUCAGAGCAAGUGAAUAAGAGAACCGAAGAAGAAUAAAUCGAGUCGAGAGUGAAGAAGGUUACGAAACGGACGAAAAAUCAUCAUAAUCAUUCUUCUCACCGUGUACAUUACAUACAUUGGACAAUUGUCAUUU